UUUGCCCCACGCAAAGUAGACAUGGUUGAGAACCUGUGGAAUGGAUAGAGCUUUCACCCAACAAGAAGAAAGAAACUACCCGACAGCAUGAACAGCAACAUUACCUUCUUAAGCUUUGUGUUCCAUUAGACAAGCUUAGAUGCUCCAACAGCCCCAAACACAAUUUUCUCUAUUUGGUCUUGGGUUCUCAAAAUCUCUGUGGAACUUAUAUAACAAAGCUCCAUUCUCAAAUGGGAUUUUCUUGAAAAGCUUACAGUUUACGGGUAUGGUAGUGACAAUGGAGGGUUUUAUUGAGAAGAAUAAAGAAGGUAUUCAAGAGAUAAAUGAAACCUUCGAUGAAAAUGGAGGUGAAGUGCGGACAUUUGGGAAUUUGAUUGAAGAAAAGGGUAGAGAGAGCAGUUCAAGCUCUGAUUUUUUGACGCAGAGCCAUAGUAGCUCUGAAGAGGAGUCAUCUUCACCUCCUUCAUUGGGUUGGCCUAUACAGAAACAAGAAGUACCUGAUUGCACAAGUAGCAAUGGUGCUACUGAGGAAGGAGAGAAUCUACAUUUGGACGAUAUGAAGUUAGAGAAAAAGGGGUCUUCAAUUUCAGAGAUUGAGAUGAUGAAGGAAAGGUUUUCCAAAUUGCUUCUUGGAGAAGACAUGUCAGGCUGCGGGAAUGGAGUUUGCACAGCAUUGGCUAUUUCAAAUGCCAUUACUAAUCUAUCUGCUACCCUCUUUGGCCAACUAUGGAGGUUAGAGCCUCUACCUCCUGAGAAGAAAGCAAUGUGGCGAAGAGAGAUGGAAUGGCUUCUCUGUGUGAGCGAUCACAUUGUUGAGUUGAUACCCUCUUGGCAGACAUUUCCAGAUGGAAGUAAGCUUGAGGUCAUGACUUGCAGACCACAGUCAGAUCUCUACAUAAACCUUCCAGCUCUGCACAAAUUAGAUAACAUGCUUCUUGAGAUAUUUGAUAGCUUUGACAAUGCAGAGUUCUGGUAUGUUGACCAAGGGAUCUUAGCCUUGGAUGCUGAUGGGUCAUCAUCUUUCCGAAGAACCUUUCAGCGCCAAGAGGAAAAGUGGUGGCUACCAGUACCUUGGGUCCCUCCUUGUGGCCUCCAUGAAAAUUCAAGAAAGCAGUUGCAGCACAAACGUGAUUGUGCAAACCAAAUAUUGAAAGCUGCAAUGGCUAUCAAUAGCAUUGCUUUAGCUGAUAUGGAAGUCCCUGAAUCAUACUUAGAGGCCCUUCCAAAGGCUAUAGAACUGGCGAAUAGAGUGGAGGCCUCGAUCUAUGCGUGGCGCAAAAGAAUCAACUCUAAACCUGCUAGUAAUGCAACUCGGUUCAGUUCAAAGUCAUCAUGGGAAUUAGUAAAGGAGCUGAUGACUGACGCAGAGGAGAGAGAAUUGCUGGCUGAUCGAGCAGAGAGCCUUCUGCUUUACUUGAAGCAGCGGUUCCCUGGCCUUCCACAGACAACUUUAGAUAUGAGCAAAAUACAGCAUAACAAGGAUGUUGGGAAGUCCAUUUUGGAGAGCUACUCAAGAGUUUUGGAGAGCUUGGCAUUCAAUGUUGUAGCACGGAUGGAUGAUCUGCUUUAUGUGGAUGAUUUGAGUCAUUUGACUAAGCAUGCAGAUCAAUUCUCAUCAAUCUCUAAAGUUAGUGUGAUUGCUCCAAAAAGUGUUUCAAUUCCAUAUUCGGUUCCAGUCUCGGGCAGUCCAUACAAAACAGCAUACGCCACACCUAGCUUUUCACCAGGGCAUCUAGUUAGCCCUGCAAAGGGUGACAGAUCUCCAUUCAUGACUAGCAGCAAAAUUCCUCAGCAGCGAGGUUUGGGAGUGAAGAAGGUGCUGACAGAUUAUCUCAGUAUUGAUAGAAACAGCAAGGAUUGUCACAAUCCAGCUGAAGGAACAGAUUACACAACUCGAAAAGCAUCAGCAUCUCAAAGUGGAGUUGAAUCUUUUGAUUUUAUAAAAGAAGCAGUCAGCUCAAUUGGUUCUCCAGUAGAAGAUUUAGUUGUGGGGGAAUGAGCUUCGAGAGUGGAUCAUCUGAUGUAUAUGAUGAAUUAGGCUGGCUUUUCAUGUAGGAAGUUGAUUUUAGAUCUUUGUAACGAGGUGUCUGUUAUGAUAAUGAGUUGAUUGCUUCACAUUCAUAUAAAAAAUUUCUCAUUUCAACUUAGCACUGUCCAGAAAACAGAAAAAGGCAGAAAAAGGUUAGAAAAUAUUCAUAUGAAUCUGUUUGUUGGGGCAUUCCGAGAAUUGAACUCGGGACGUCUCGCACCCUAAGCGAUAAUCAUAGCACUAGACCAAGUGCCCA